UUGUGAACCGUAAGUUCCUGAUGGAGGAGUUGUAUCAGCAGCACCAUACGGAGCGGAAGGGAGAGGGGGCGGCCAGGGCGCCCAUGCCCAGAGACAGAGACCCUUUUUGGGAUCCGCUGGAGCCCCUGCUCUUGGGCAGCGCCCACCUCUGGCUGCAGUCUUUGGCUUUCCGUAUCGCACUGGAGGAACAGCUGGAGGUAUUGGGGUCAGAGGGCACUGAAGAGGCCAUACUGCAGGCCCAGCUUCUACCAUGCAGCCCUACAGGACUGACUCUGGGGGAGGAUGACAUCCUGAUCGACCCCUCUGAGCUUCUGGGGAGACGGCUGGACUUCCAGCUGGUCCUGGAUCAGUGCUGUGGCCUGCGCUGGGUCCAACAGGCCAGGAACAGGGGCGUUCAGAUAGGGUUCAGGAUGUUCGACAGUGCCCAGCCCCUCUACACUCCGGCCGUGUGGCACAAUGUCAAUCCCCUGCUGGACCAGCGGGUCCACUUCACUUCUCUGCACACCUCCCAAGGCCUGCUAGAACACCUGCAGACCAGCGCCCUGGUGCUGGAGCUCUGGGGCCUACAGGAGGGAUGUAGAGACAUGGUGUCGUCUCUGGAGGGAGUGAGGAUGACUCCAGAGGGAUGCUUCAUCAUCGACCAGGCUAGCGCAACUGAGACAGCCACUACAGUGGACCCUGGCUCAGAGCUGAGCUGCUCUCUGAGGGCUUUACAGCAGGAUGUAGAGGAGCUGAGGAACACCAACGCUGCACUGAAGACCGAGAACAACACACUGAGGGAUCAGCUCAAUACAACUAAGACCGGAGCAGAGUGGGGUCGUGGUCGGUCAGAGAUGCGGGGCAGCAGUCUGCGGCCCAGCUGUGAUGCAGAGUUCGCCCGCGCCCUGAAGGUCUUCUACCACAGCAUGACCUCUGUCAGGGUUCAACUGCAGCGCCUGCGCAGGCACAGGCCCAGUGAGGAGUCAGAUCUCUUGGGGCUCAGGCUGUUUGUGGAUGAGCAGGGUGGUCUGCUGCGUGAUUUCUCAGAGCUGCUGGAGCAGAGCGUCUCCUCUCUCAAACAGGAUGUGGCCGCCAUUGUACGACGCAAACGGGAACGCUCAGGAAUCUGGUCCUGACUCCCAUCCUCGUCUAGUCCUGAACGGAACAACUGGAACUCCCCAUCAAACUAAUGUAACGCCCAAUCUCAAAUUGACCCCUGGCCACAACCUCUAGGGCCAGGGCACUUCAUGUAGGUGUGAAAGGAUCUGAUAGGUAAAAACGUGCUGUACUUCCACCUUGCUGAAUGAUUGGCUGGGUGGGAGUUUCAACAUGUUGCUUUCAUAUUUUCAAUCCCUUCAGAUUUACACAAGUGCCAAGAGGAAAAGGGUCAGCUAGGCUUUUGAUCCUGUGUUUUAUCGUCAACAAGUUGGGAUUAUAUAUUGGACUCCCGUAAACGCUAAUGCUAACAAUACUAAUGUAGUGCAACUAGUGUUUGUGCGUUUACACUCCAUUACAUCUUGACGUUGUUGUAUUACCAGAAAUAUAGUUGUUUCACUGUAGAGAUCAUCUCUGACAAUUCUGGGCCCGUAUUCAUGAAGUGUCUGAGUGCUGAUCUAGAAUCAGGUUCCCUGUCUAUAUAAUUAUGAUUUUUUUAAAUGUUUUAUUUCACCUUUAUUAAACCAGUAUUUAA